CUCUCCCUUGAAAUUCCAGCCUCCCGCCCCUCCGGAGCACGCUCACUGCAGACGUUUCAUUACACUCGCCUCAUUCACCAUUGUUCUGGUCCCAGCGCUGCUGUGCCUCCACUCUGCACGAUGACCAGGACGCCUGCCGUGCUCCUGUCCCUGCUCACCGCUCUGUUCCUCGUGGCUUUCAGCGAUGGGGUCCAGGGAGCAGCAGUGUCAGCCGACCAGAAGGACGUGAAAGCAGCAGAGCCCCAAGAGCAUAACAGCAGGGUCUUCAUGUCUGGCUUGGAUGCCUCGAGUUUCUUCAAGAGACGCAGCCGGCGUUCCAUAAAGUCGCAGUAUGAGCUCAAUGUUGAGCAAAGACAGCGCCUAGCAGCAGAUGAGCAACGAAGGGAGUACAGAGAAGAGCAGAGGAACGAGUAUGAGAACUAUGUGGAGGAGGUGCGUGACGAGCAGGAAGAGCGGACCCGUGAGAAGACGGAGCAGUGGCGGGAAUUCCACUAUGACGGGCUGUACCGCUGGUACCAAUACACCCGCCAUCAUGUCUGAGCACCACCUGAGGGGAACCUAGGAAGUUGUCUAUUAUUGAAAAAUCAUUGAAAACAUAAGGAAAACAUAAGGAACAUCUAUUUGUUCACUGCAAAAACAAAUAAACUGGCAGUAGUUGAUAGCAACUGAAACUUCCUACUUAAUUACAUUUUUAGGUUGUUAAAAAAAUCCUGCAGUUGUAUAAACUUCAGAAUUACUGUCUGAUUAUUAUGGUUUUCCAGAUAUGUUAAGUAUAUUUUAUAUAUCCUCAUGUCUUUGCCAUAACUUUUCCGAGAUCAAACUUCCAGGGAGUUUCAUAGCCUACGUUCAAAUUUAAUUUCACUCUGAGAGGAUUUCACCCUCAAUACUCUGAGCAUGCUCAUUGUGUUUUUCUUUUUCGCAAUCCAUUUUCAGAACGUGUAAUUAAAGUAGAAUACAUGUACAAUAAAUCAUGAGGAGAAAAUGUCUUAUACAGACUCAAGGGAGGAUUAGCGCAAAAUGAAAUCCUGUAUUUUUGCAUUUAUGAGAAGUAAGGUCCAUUGUUACCCAGAGUGCAUCUGAGUACAGAACCCAAACCAACACCCUAAGCUACCUACCUAGUAUACUAUGGGUUUCUUAAUGCAUGUAUUGAACCUAACUAUGUUUAAAGAAACUGUACAAGCGGAUAAUGAAUAAAUACUGUAAUCCGA